GUGGACGAAACGAGCUUUUAAUCCAGUUUGCUGAUAUAGCAGAAAUACUCGAAGAUAGGAGGGAAAGCAAAUAACGAAAUGCCGCCGAAGUUCGCGCACCCGCGGUUGGUGCACCACGUCAGCCUCUUUACCCGCAUCAAGGCGUGGUGGCUCGGCAUUGAAAAUCCAGAGGUACUCUCCCGCUACGGUGAACGCGGGCUGCUGCGCACGGUGUGGCUCGAGUGGCGCGGCACCCUGGCCAUCGGGUGCGGCGCCGCCUGCUUCAUCAUCGGCCGUCAACAGUCGAAUCAGGCGAACGAAAUUUUAGAGAACAUCGAGGUGAACCGGCAGAAGUUUUACCAGCGCGAGUUUAAGCCGGCAUACGUGCCGGGCGCCCCCAGUGGUGUGUACGACGGCGUGACGGCGUACUCGUACCGGGACGCGGCGAGUGGGUUGAUGGUGAACGCGGACAACAAGAUCGUGUCCGACGAGACGCGCGCGGAGCGCAGCGAGCGUCUGGCAAAGGUAGAGGUGACACCGGAGAUGGUCGCACAGGCACGCAAGUUACUGCACAGCCGCCGCUAUGAAGGAUCUUGA